GUGGAAAGUACAUUGCAAGGCUGAGGAAGAAACCCCAGUGUUUUCACGCACCUGCAGUACUUUGGUUCCCUCAGUAAGGAUGCCAGAUCUUCAGGAUAUCUACGAUGCUUUAUCAGAGCUGCAGCCUGAAGCCAUCUCUGAUAUUGGUUUGCUGGCAUCCAAGAAAGAACCUCCAGUAGACUACAAUGUUGUUGCACAAACAACAGAUGGCUUUGACGCCAACCUGUGGAAGGACAGCAUAUUCAAAUCCAAGGUCACACGGUAUCUCUGCUUCACCCGAGCCUCCUCCAACAAAAAUAAGCAACUAUGCAAUGUAGCAGUGGAUAUGAAGUUGAUUGACUUGAAGGGCUGUUUGCCAGAGGGCUUCACUCCAAUCCAAGACACCAUGGAUACCCAGGAGCAGGCUUUGAGGAAGGAGAGACUGUGUGUGAAGUUGGUCCCCAGACACAGCGCUGAAACAGCUAUAUGUGAUAUUGUUAUACAGGGGAAAUCUAAGCAGAGCCUUGCUAAUUACACCUUUAUAGGAGAGCUGAAUAGCAUGGGGAUUUGGUACCAGCUGGGAAAGGUCAUAAAGUCACAGGAAACAGCUCACAAAACUCUCUCUGUCUCUACAACCACUUCUUAUGUUGCCAGGCAAAUCCCUGAUUCUGUGGCCUCCAGUCCUAAAAAGAGCUUCGUCCGGCCAGAUUAUGAACACCAAAUCUAUAACCUGUACACCAAAUCAGCUAUGGAUGAUAUACCCUUUAUGAUAUCUAAAAAAUCUAUCUCCACAAACAGAGAUGAUAUGCAUCCAGUCAAUUUAAUGGGAAUUACCAUCAAAUCACCACGAGAGAUUGAUGAGGAAUACAACUAUUCUUUCAACACUGAACACAGUGCUGCAGCCUUCUCAUGGACCCAGUGACUUUGGAAAUAGAGAACAAAAAUUCACCCACAACACUGAUUUAAACAAUCAAACUAUGUAGUUAACCACUAUUUUGUCACCUAACCAACUAUCAGAAGUAUUUAUGCAUAUUUAAAGUCAACAUGAAAUGAAAAUUGACCCCAUUUGCUUCCUUAAUACACAUUCCUGGUCUUAUUGUGAGCGUUCAUCCUUGCGCAUUAUUUAAAAGAAACAAAAAAAGUGUUUAUAAAAUAUAGAACUUGCUUUACAACUGAAAUUACAUCACCAAGCCCUUUAAUGUUUAAACCCCUCCCCUGUCCACCCAACAAUCUCCCAGCCUCACAUCACAUAGUGACAAUUUUUCACAAUCUAAUCAAUUCCCAAUUAAUAAAAUCAAGUCCUGUCCUACUUUUUUAUUAUUAUUAUUAUUAUUAUUAUUAUUGAAUAUACUUUUCACUCAGAAACACAUAGGUAUAAUGGGUUGAAAAUCACAUUUCAUCUUCACUUUAAGCUUUCAGAAUCUAAAAUUUGUGAGAACAUCCUCUUGUCAACUAGAAAAAGAAAGUUCUGUUUUGAUACAGGGGUAUUUCUGGUAGUCCUGUGUUCUAAACUUAACCUAAUUUAAAAGUACUUAAAGGGAUAGUUCACUCAAAAAUGAAAAUGCUCUCAUCAUUUACUCACCCAUGUGCACAUGCCAUCCCAGAUGUGUAUGACUUUCUUUCUUCUGCUGAACACAAAUAAAGAUUUUUAGAAGAAUAUUUCAGCUCUGUAUGUUCAUACAAUGCAAAUGAAUAGUGCUCAAGGCUUUGAAGCUCAAGAAGUGUAAGCUGAUCAUUAUUCACUUGCAUUGUGAGGAACUACAGAGCUGAAAUAUUAUUCUAAAAAUAAUUAUUUUAUUUUUAAAAGUACUUUUUUUAUGGACACCAACAAAAUGCUAUAUGAUUCUGUUUGUUAAGAAAAAAUUACGUUUGUGCAUUAUUAUAUUAUACUGUAAUGAGUACGUUUUCUUAUUUGAGGACAUAUUUUGCACUAAUACACACUCAGUGAGACAGAAUAUGGUCUAUGUGUACUAUGUCUACAUACCUGUACAUGUGUUUUCAGUGUCUCAGUAAAACCAUUCCUGAAGUCCA